UACAGAUAAAGCCAACACGUAUCCUUGCACAGAGAACCAACGCGAUGGCGCUAUUCCCAGCGUUGCUGUUUCUGGCUGCUGUGUUGCUUCCAUUUUCUCCUGCAAAUGGACGGGGUCCAAAUUUUGAUGCUUUGUCUACCACCCAUGAAAAAGUCCAAAAUGGGAUUGUAAAUAAACACAAUGACCUCAGGAGAGCAGUCACUCCACCUGCCAGCAACAUGCUGAAGAUGAAAUGGGACAGCACGGCAGCCUCAAAUGCCCAAAGGUGGGCAAACCAGUGCAUUUACAAACACAGUAGCGCAGGGAAUCGAGUAAUUGGUGAAAAGAAAUGUGGUGAGAAUCUCUUUAUGUCAAGUAGCCCUACUUUAUGGUCCCAUGUAAUCCAAAGUUGGUUCGAUGAGAAAAAUGAUUUUAUCUACGGUGUAGGGCCAAAACGUCCCAAUGCAGUGAUCGGGCAUUAUACCCAGGUUGUUUGGUACUCAUCUUUCCUUGUUGGAUGUGGAGUUGCCUAUUGUCCCAAUCAAACAAGACUAAAAUACUAUUUUGUCUGCCAAUAUUGUUCUGCUGGUAAUAUUAUCAGCAGACAGUAUACUCCUUACCUACAAGGAACACCCUGUGCCAGCUGCCCUAAUCACUGUGACAAUGGACUGUGCACCAAUACUUGCAAGUAUGAAGAUGCUUUUAGUAACUGUAAAAAUUUGAAGAACCAAGUGGGUUGUGGAAAUAAACUCACCAAGGGUAAUUGCAAGGCUUCCUGCAAUUGUCCAGGCAAAAUUUAUUAAAAACAAAUGCCCAAUACAGAUGGAACAUGGCUAAGUGGAGGAGAGCUACAUCUACUUACACUUGACAUUUAUUAGCUAGGAAAUCAUAGACAUGUUAGCUAUAAAUUUGAUUUUAAAUAAUAAUGUCUUUUUUUCUGCAUUUGUUCUUAACAUCCCAAAAUGUGUUCACAUACAGGGUCUUUAAUUCCUCAUCUGCCAUUUACCCUUCUCACUCAUCUAGCUUCCAUCCUUGUAACUAAAUUAAAAUUUUUCUUUCUAAGGUAACCCCCACCUUCAUUUUGCCAAAAAUCAACCUUUGUUUUGCCAAAAUUCUUCAUAUGCAUAAAUAGAAGACCACACAUUCCUAUUUACACCUCUCCUCUUAGACAAACCUUCCUUAAAGAAGAAUUUAAUAUAAUACACACAAAUACUCUUUCCUCCAGGAGAUAGAACUUAAUCCCCUCCCUGUUGAUUCUGGACUGAGCUCAGUGACUCAUUUUCAAAGAGUGAAUUGUGGAAAGGGGACAACAUAACUACACAGAGAAAUCUGGCAAAUGUUAUCUUAACCAAGUGAUCGAAGUUAGCAUCUAUUGGAAUAAGUCACGUGAACUCAUGUACCCAUUCACAUGAGGCAAUUAGGAAGUCAUUUCACUGCUGGGGUAAUCUUUCUAAAAGCUUAUAACCCAAGAGUUAUCGUGACAUAAAAUAUUAGGCAGACUUAAACUGAGGGACGUUCUACAAAAUACCUCUAACCUGGAAUCCUCUAAACUGUUGAAACCAUGAACAACAAGGAAAUUUGGAGAAACCAUGAUAGACCAGAAGAGACGAAGCAAAUAUGAGGACCAAAGACAAUGUAGUAUUUUGGAUUGGAUUCUGGAACAGAAAAAUAGUCAUGAAUGGAAAAACUGCUGAAAUCUGAAUAGACUCUGUAGUGUUUUUAAUAGCAAUAUUGAUUUCUUAGUCUUUACAACUGUAUUAGGGUAUGUAAGAUGCUAACAUUAUGGGAAACUCAAGCCUGAUGUGGUGUAUGUAGAAACCAUCUGUACUAUCUCAACAACACUUCUGAGUCAGAAAGAUUCCAAAAUAAAACAUGCAUU